ACCUCCCCAAAGGUUUUCUAGGCUUAAGAGAGGAAGAGACAUGAGCCCGCGGAGCAUCGUGGCUAUCCCAGGACCUCAGAAAUAAUUCCCAGAGUCACAGAGGCCGGUCCCCAGUCUUCUGCAGGUGUGGCAGGUGCGAGGCCAGGCCUGGCCACUCUUGGCUCUGCAUCCUGAGACCGGGAGGCACGUUGCAGAGCCGCUGGGAAGCUCGGUGAGAUGCCAGAUCUACCUUCAGCCUUCCUGCCCCUCCUCCUUCUCUCCAAGUUAGUUGCCCCUGUGACCUUCCGUCACCACCGCUAUGAUGACCUCGUGCGGACUCUAUACAAGGUGCACAACCAAUGCCCGGAAAUCACGCGGCUCUACAAUAUCGGGCGCAGCGUGAAGGGGAGGUACCUCUACGUGCUGGAGUUCAGCGACCACCCGGGGAUCCAUGAGGCCUUGGAACCGGAAGUCAAAUACGUGGGGAACAUGCACGGAAAUGAGGUGCUGGGCCGUGAGCUGCUGCUGCAGCUGUCGGAGUUCCUCUGUGAGGAGUUCCGGAACCGGAACCAGCGGAUCCUGCGCCUCAUCCAGGACACGCGCAUUCACAUCCUGCCUUCCAUGAACCCUGACGGCUACGAGGUGGCUGCCGCGCAGGGCCCAAACACAUCUGGGUAUCUGGUUGGUAGGAACAAUGCAAAUGGAGUGGACCUGAACCGCAACUUCCCCGACCUCAACACCUAUUUCUACUACAACGAGAAGUAUGGCGGCCCCAACCACCACUUACCCCUCCCAGACAACUGGAAAAGUCAGGUGGAACCCGAGACCCGGGCGGUGAUCCAGUGGAUUCGCUCCUUAAACUUCGUUCUCUCAGCCAAUCUGCAUGGUGGGGCUGUGGUGGCCAAUUACCCGUAUGACAAGUCACUUGAGCAUCGGUUCCGAAGUCCCCACCACCGCACCUACAACUCCCCCACACCAGAUGACCAGCUCUUCCAGACGCUGGCCAAGGUCUACUCCUAUGCACACGGAUGGAUGCACCACGGUUGGAACUGCGGUGAUUACUUCCCAGACGGUAUCACCAACGGGGCGUCCUGGUACUCUCUCAGCAAGGGAAUGCAAGACUUCAAUUAUCUCCACACCAACUGCUUCGAGAUCACACUAGAGCUGAGCUGCAACAAGUUUCCCCCGCAAGAGGAGCUGCAGCGCGAGUGGCUGGGUAACCGGGAAGCCCUGAUCCAGUUCCUGGAACAGGUUCACCAGGGCAUCAAGGGAAUGGUGCUUGAUGAGAACUCUAACAACCUCACAGGGGCUGUCAUUUCUGUCACUGGGAUCAAUCACGAUGUCACUUCAGGUGAAUACGGGGAUUACUUUCGUCUGCUGCUUCCAGGGAUUUAUACUGUCACCGCCAAGGCACCAGGGUAUGACCCAAAAACAGUGACUGUGACUGUGGGGCCUGCAGGACCAACACUGGUGAACUUCCAACUCAGUCGAAGCACGUCUCAGGUGUACCCUGUGCCGAAAGCUCCUGGCCGAGGACAAGGAAGCAGGCCAAAGCAGUCCCGGACAUCCAGAAAGAAAGAUCUGACAGGAAAGCGGCAUCGCGGCCCUGCCUGAAGCCCAGCACCCAGGGCCACACACAGCAAGGCCGGGUUCCUGCUCUUGAAUCCGGUGGCGACACAUUUCUUUUAUUAUCUGGGACAUAUUCAGACACAGGCACAUACAGAAGAGUUCUGAGUGUUUCUGUCUGUCCUGGAGCAAGCCUUCUCUAGGCCAGCAUUAAAGGAGUCAGAACCUUCUGGAAACUGGUGCCCCACUGUACAUGCCUCCAGCAGGGUUCUGGAGACCUUCUUCCUGGGAGUCUGGUUCGGGUCCCAUGCCAGCGUGCACUGCAUGCUGGGACAGGUUCCAGCUGGUUGUUCAUCUGUCUCCAGAGUCUAGCUUGGAGCUGGUGACAACUUGGCACUACAUGAAGCUAUCAAAAUGACUGUAGUGCUGAGGGGACCAGAAUUGCCUGGGACCAUUUCCACAACAGCCAGUGCUUUCCUAGUAAGGAAAGGAUGUGAUCCACAGGGUCCUGUUCCCUGCCCCUCACCCGGGAGCACUGCCAACAGUUUACACCUUUUGUAAUGUUUUCUGGGUAUGGAGGAGACAUAGCACACCUGUAGUCUGGCAUGUGUUGGCAGCAUGUCCUUCAGGGCAGUGCUCCGGGCUUUGCUGAGUCCAGCUGAACCCACUGGUCCUGAAGGCAUUACUGAGGAAACUAGAUGUUUCUGAGGACAUUAUAUCAUCUCCCAUCUCAUGCCUACUAGCAUACAAGCUGAUGAACCCUCACCGGUCUGGUGUCCUAAGUCCUCUGUCCCCAGUGCUGGGUGUUGGGGAUCAGCCCGAGUUUCCACAGCUGCUCCAGCCUUUUCCUAUGGAUGAGCAAUUCCCCUCUCUCCUCUUGGGGCAUAGCCUCACACACAGCAGCUGUGAAGACAUGCCCUUUCCUGUGAACUAAUACACUCUUUCUCCAGUG